AUGGGUAGAAUAAUACAAAAUAAUAAUGUAGGCAGGACUAAAAGUGUACCAAAACGCUUGUUGGAUGAGCUCCGGGACCGACACUCAAACCUACAUGUCCUACAACUGGACGGUACGGACUAUAAGAGUUUUGAUGGCUUUGCCAAACAAGUGGCCGAUAUUGUGGGCGACAGGGGUUUGGAUACAUUAAUACUUAGCGCCGGUAUUUGUAUUUGGCAUCGUUUGGAUGAGGUAACAGCCGAGGAUAUGGUGACCAACUUUGAGGUCAAUGCCGUGUCUCGACUUAUGCUCAGCAAAGCACUGUUGCCAGUGCUCAAGCUGUCUGCGGCGACUAAGCGCAAAACAACAAUCGUCAACAUUGGUGCUUUAUUGGGCUCCAUAGAGUUCAUUCAUAACCUCCCACAUCGCAUAUUAUACCCGUACGUUGUGAGCAAAACUGCGAUCAACAUGAUCAGUAAAUGUCUAGAUGUUGACCUGGCUCCCCACGGCAUCAGGUCGGUGGUGAUUCACCCUGGUCACGUGGCAACUGACAUGGGUGGUGAGCCAACUGAGUAUGUGGAGCAAUUUACCGUGCAGAAAAGUGUGGCACAAGUACUUCGCACCGCCCAGAAUGUCAAAGAGUCUGAUUAU